CCAAAUCGGAUUCCUGCGGCUUCACAAACUAUGCGGCAACCUACGCCACAUACCCGCCUCCACCGGGACCGCUUCCUGUGCCUUCGCAAGCAUACGUACCAGGAACCAUACCAAAUUACGGGGAACAUUACCGAUGGAUGUUUGUUAUGGGAUGAUAUUGCGAAUGCCACUCUGAUGGUGAAUCCGAAUUUUAAUGUUUAUCGGAUCUUGGAUGUAUGUAUGGCCUUGUUCUGGGCUUCAAGUUUUAAUCAAGGGGCUCAAAAGCGAAUAGGUGGCUAAUGUGCUUUUGACUAGUCCCCUGUUUACUUUGCUCGAAGGGAUGUCCAGGAUGCUAUUCACGCUCCUUUUCUUUUCUGCUUGAUUUAU